CAAAAAAAGCUAUCGGGCAACGACUUCCAUUCGCAGAAACAAAGCCCAAAGCAUCAAAGGCCGACCCUAUCCCACGCCUUCCCCCACCUUCUCUACAACACCUCAUCCAAGCCUCCGACGCGCCGUCGAACCACAUACAACCUCUCAACCUACCACAUUCACUCACCUUGAGCGCGUUCUCGCGCAUGAAAGCAACAAUGGACUUCGUCCAAGACUACAUCCACGUCAUGCAAAACAUCUUCCCACCCUCUCUCCUCUCCACCAUCAUAACCAUCACAACUACUACGUUCGGGAUCUUCAAAACGCUGCAAACACAUCUUACCCCGCUCUUCCUCCGUCUCACUACACAACCCGAUCUAGCCACCAUCCUCACCCUCGCCAUCCUGCUCCUCAUCUCCCUCAAGAUCCUCGACAUGGCGUAUCGCGCCGUUAUGUUCUGGGUCAAGCUUAUCUUCCGCUUGGUGGUGUGGGGUUCGGUGGCUGGGAUCGCGUUGUGGGUGUGGCAGAGGGGGCCAGAUGGAUUUGUGGAUGACGUGCAGGGGCUGUUCGAAUUCUGGCAGGAGAGGUAUGAGGAGUAUGCGGGUGAGGUGAAGAGGUUUCAAAAACAGCAGGAGGUUAAUAUGGGGCGUGGUAAGGGGUUUGAUCCAUAUAGGAAUCUGAGGAGUGGGAAGGGAAAGAGGGUAUGGAGGUAGUGGUAACGGUAACGAUAGCGGAGAUAUAGCUGUUGGUAUGAUCUAUAUGGGAUACCAAAGGCGUGGCUUGAGAUGAGGUUCAAAGAAUAUCACGCCGGGUGUGGCUUCUGGGUAUUCAUACGGCCGUACACAUGUUUUUUUGGGUAUGCAUUUUCAUCGGAGCUUAGGUAUUGCAUUGGAUAGGGGGAAUAAGAGCACGCUGUGAGCUCUAAAAGUGUCAUUAUU